AAUUGCAUUGAGACAUAAGAUAAACCAUUUUGAUACAGGAAAAAAUUAUGCUGAGGGUAAUACUUCCGAUUCUGAAUCUGAGUCUGAUGAUUCUUUAGAGUUAAAACUUUCUGAUCUCAAGACUCAAGCUUUGACAUCUCAGCCUAAGAAUAAUAAUUAUGAUCCUUUCGGAUCUCAGAUUGCAGAAAUAGAUUCAAUGUUAGCUACACAUACCAAUUACCCAU